AGGAAAACCGAUAUGCUGGCCUAAUGCUAGCGUGGGCAUUCCAACUUGGCGAGCACGGCGUGGGCUUCCAGGAGUACCAAAACCGAGCGCCAAUCAUUUUCCUGACUGUUGGUCAGAAGGAGACGAUCCGACGCACUCCCCCACCCCUCCCCUUAUAGUCGCCUACCAACAGCCGCCGCCCUCGGCGGUCUGUUUCUGCUGCGGACGCGUGUGGGCCCCUCUCCUCCCGCAAGGCAGCGGUGAAUGCCCAGCUACCACGCUGUAGCUCUUCUUUGCAAGCAUCUACAAGCUCUCUCUCUCUCUCUCUCUCUCUCUCUCUUCUGCUGGCGAGCGUCGAUGAUGAAGUCGUCGUCUACUCCCUCUUCCAUCUCUUUGUUGUCGAUGGUCCUCAUAUUACUUUUGAUCGCAACAAAUACAACAACUGCGGCCAGUGGCGCCACUAAUGUCUCUGCAAAUGGGGUAAUUCGCGUCAAGAACAAAUUCGCAGGGCGUGAGCGGUCCCUUGAUGCCCUAAAGGCUCACGACAGUCGCCGCCAGCUUCGAUUUCUCGGCGGAGUCGAUCUGCCCUUGGGCGGCUCUGGCCGUCCUGACGCUGUCGGUCUGUACUUUGCUAAAAUUGGGAUUGGAACGCCUUCAAACAACUACUAUGUGCAAGUAGAUACGGGAAGUGACAUUAUCUGGGUUAAUUGCAUUCAGUGCAGCGAUUGCCCCAAGAAAGGCUCCCUCGGGAUUGAACUGACACUAUACAAUCUGGAGGACUCGCUUACUGGAAAAUUGGUAACUUGUGAUGAAGAUUUUUGCUCCCAAGUAAAUGGAGGACCAAUAUCUGGUUGCACAGCUAAUAUGUCCUGCCCAUAUAAUGAGAUGUAUGAAGAUGGGAGCUCUACUGCUGGGUACCUUGUGCAGGAUGUUGUGCAAUACAACUCAGUGUCCGGAGAUCUUGAAACUACAUCAGCAAAUGGGAGCAUUAUAUUUGGGUGUGGUGCUGGACAAUCGGAAAAUCUAGUUUCAUCUGAGGAAGCACUUGAUGGGGUACUUGGUUUUGGAAAAUCAAAUUCGUCCAUGAUUUCCCAACUAGCCUCGUCUGGAAAAGUGAAAAAGAUGUUUGCACACUGCUUAGACAGUGUAAAUGGAGGGGGUAUAUUUGCUAUUGGGCAUGUUGUGCAUCCUGAAGUCAUAAGAACCCCGUUGAUACCAAAUCAGCCACAUUAUAGUGUCAAUAUGACGGCAGUUGAAGUUGGAGGUGAAUUACUUAAUCUACCAACAAAUUUAUUUGAGGUAGGAAACAACAAAGGGACCAUAAUUGAUAGUGGUACAACCUUAGCUUACCUCCCAGAAGUGGUUUAUGAACCAUUAGUAAAAAAGAUAAUCUCUCAGCAGUCUGAUCUGAAAAUGCAUACUGUUGACAAUCAGUAUACUUGCUUUGAGUACUCUGAAAGUGUGGAUGAUGGGUUCCCGAAUGUAACUUUUCAUUUUGAAAAUUCGUUAUCUUUGGAUGUUCGUCCUCAUGAAUAUCUAUUCCUCUUUGGUGGUUUAUGGUGUAUUGGUUGGCAAAAUAGUGGGAUGCAGUCCAGGAAUAUAAAGGACAUGGCUCUCUUGGGAGACUUAGUACUUUCGAAUAAGCUAGUCAUAUAUGAUCUUGAAAAUCAAGUCAUCGGAUGGGCUGCAUAUAACUGCUCUGCGAGUAUUAAAGUGAAGGAUGAGCAGACAGGAGCAGUUCAUUUAGUAGGUUCUCACUAUAUAUCUUCUACAUGCCGUCUGAAUGCCCGAAGGGCUGCUGUAAUCUUCUUGUUGCUAACAAAUCUACUGUACAGCUUAGCUUAUUGAACUGCUACAACAAAUGCAGAGUCCAUACCAACAUUCGAGGAUCAACAUUAAAGAAAUUUGAUCAAUAGUAAAAAGAAAAAAAAAAAAAACUAUUAAAAAAUUUGUAUUUACAUUUCAUGCCAAGCAUGCAGGUACUCUAGGCAUUGUGCUGGGAGUUUUCACCAUGUCAAGUUUCCAUUCCAGCGUCUCUUGGUUUCUGAGAAUUUUUGAAACUUGAGCUGCACUUCAAAUCCCUUGGAGUUGGGCUGAAUGCAAGUUUACCAGGAUUCCAUCACAGGCUUUUUCACGUAGACAAUCCUUGGGCACCUAAGUCAUGAUAGCAUUUGUAAAAUCUUUUCACUUGUUACUUUAAAAUAUUGCAGACAUAGUGCAUCACCUCUCUCUCUCUCUCUCUCUCUAAACAGGGAAGUAAAAGGUAUGAAGAUGGUAUAGGACAUGAGAUUUGAAUUCAGUUUGUAGUAUAGAUAAGCUGUUUCUAGGCAUUGAGCUGAGAGCUCGGUGGACAUUUGACAAAAUGAACACUUUGCUAAAGAUUGAAUGUAUUAUUUUAAAUAUAUAAAUCAGGUUUUGAGUA